AAAUCAGAAUGAAUUUGUCUUUUUUCAUUGAUUGAAAUGAUGGCGUCACUGAGAAGGUUCAACGUGGUGGUAAAAAGUAUCGAUAGUUUACAAAACUAUUGGAACAAAUUUUAUAGUUUUGAGCCAAGUAAGCCAUUGAGGAGAUGUUUACACCAAUCGAAUGCUCUCCAAUUGUCCGUUGACCCAGAGGAAAAACCUAAGGACGACGAAACUAGCAAGAAGGAGUCUUCUCAAGUAGAACACAAAGAUUCUGAAACUCAAGUAAAAGAUAAAUCAAAGAAAGAAACUUGGGAGAAUUCUCAGUCCAAUCCAAUCAACACUUUCUCCAAGGUGGUACAAGAAACGAGUCCUCGACUACAGCCGGUUGAUCUAUUCCGAAAGUUUCGUAUUUGGAUGAUACUACGUGCCUUGCGUAGUAUUUGGGGAGAAGAAACCUUUACUGAAGAAUUGUUCUUAGAUGGUGCGUCGAGUGCUUUAACAACAGUUUUUGAUUGUUUGGAAAAGAAGGACUUGGCUUUGUUAGAAGACGCACUAGGAGAGGAAGUAUACAAUGCUAUGAAAGAACAAAUAGAACAGGCAAAAGAACAACCGCACUUUACAUUGAAAGAGAUAAUUGAUAAGCAAGUGUCCAACGCUUUUCGGUAUAUCGAUGUUCCAAAGAAAAUUUCUUUUGUAGCUCUAGAUGUUGAGUUUCUUAUGAAACUUGUCAUUCGAAAUCCAAUGACUCUAUCAGAAGAGAAAAGCAAACCAGAAGAAUAUUAUGGAGUCACUGAAGUUCGUUUUGAGAGUCCCCUUAGUCAAGUACCAAUAGAUCCCCAAAAGAAAAUUCAAAUAAUCAAGGCAGACUUUGUAAAGGAACCAGAUUGGAAGCUAACCAAAAUUCUAAAAUGAGUAAAUAUUUGUUGUAUUUUUAGUCUAUUGGUUGGAUAUGCUAUUUGGUUUGUUGUACUUCAAAUGAUAAAGUCUUCCAUAGUUGACAUAAAGCAUCUUUUCCUAUGUGUCAUAUAAAGAAAACCUCAAGACUUUUAGAACUUGGAAUCCUUUUAUACUUUUUGAUAUUGUUAUAUGGAAGAAUGGCUUCUGUAAAAAAGUGAUAAAUAGUGAAUCAAAUGGAUUAGCCUAUAUUAUUGUGGAUGACAAUGAAAUGAAUGAAUAUAAUUUGUUUUCCUUUAUAGACUAGAAAAAUAAUGAUAUUAUACUCUUUAUGGAAUCAGCGAUGCUUCAUCUUGUAUACAAUAUGGAUAUCUUUUUGUUCACAGAAUUAUGACUAGAAUCGUAAUUUGAAUAAAUAUUUUCUUGUGUAGUUUAGUAUAAUCGAAAUCAUUAAAUACAUCAGAUAGGUUUGGAAAUAUAGUGACAAAUGUGCUUAGUCUUUACCAAUUAGUUUGUCGAAAUGGUUUGUAAGGUCUCCUUAAAUGUGUUGAUCUUUAGUGAAAUCUGCAAAAAGCCUAUCCAAAAAUUGCCAGAUAUAAGGCCUAUGAUAAAGUUGUUCUCAUGAGA